AGCUCCGACCCUCUCCAGCUUGCAGUGUUCACCUCAACAUCAACGCCAAAAGUCGUCGUCUCACGAUGCAGCAGCCACGGUCUCUGGUGCUGUUGGGCGCCAUCUCUUCCGUCACCGCGGCUGCUGCGGGCAGCCUGCCGCGCGGUGUCGGCCCAGAAUUUGAGUCGUACUACGUUAGCAAAACCGAGUUUACUUGUAUAACGGAUGCAUCCAUCAAGCUGAGCUGGGACCGAGUCAACGACAACACGUGCGACUGCCCUGACGGAUCCGACGAGCCAGGCACGGCCGCCUGUGCCUACCUCGAUCCCCUCUCGCCGCAGCAGCCCCUACCUGGCUCACCUUCUGGCAGCACGAGCACGAAAAAUGCGCUCCCGGGGUUCUGGUGCCCCAACAAGGGCCACAUUGGCUCCUAUGUGCCCUUCGUGUACGUAAACGACGGCGUGUGCGACUACGACCUCUGCUGCGACGGCGCCGAGGAAUUCGCCGGCGUUGGGGGCACAAAGUGCGAGAACCGCUGCGUCGAGAUCGGCAAAGAGCAUCGCAACUUGGAAGAGGAGAAGCGCAAAAACAUGGAAAAGGCGGAGAAGAAGAGAAAGACGAUGGCCAAGGAGGCCAAGGAGCUGCGCCGACGCGUGGAGGUGCGCCUGGCUGACCUCGUCGACGAGAUCAAGGAGCUCGAGGCCAAAAAGGACGACUUGCAGAGGAAGUUUGCCGCCAUCGAGCUCCAAGAGAAGGGCAAGGUAGUCCGUGGCGAAGGCGGUGGAGGCAAGCUCGGCGUCCUUGUCGGUGUGGCCAAGGCCCGGGUCAACGAGUUGCGCAACACCCUCGACGGCGUCUUGCAGCAGCGUAACAAUCUGCGUACCCAGGUCGACGAGCUGGAAUCGAUUCUGCGCAAGUUCAAAGAAGAGUAUAACCCCAACUUCAACGACGAAGGCGUCAAGGCCGCGGUCAAGUCAUUCGAGGACUACUCGGCACGCCAGGGAAUGGAGGCCAACGAUCAGUUUCCCGACUCGGAGAUUGAGGAGGUACUCAAAGAGGACAGUGAUACAAUUGGUGUGAACUGGAAGGAGUUUGAGGAGCUGGGUGAUGACACCGACAUCCUGUACAACUUUGAAGCAUACUUGCCUUCCUUUCUCCGUAACCUGAUUCACGACAAAGUCAACUCGCUGCGAGUGUGGCUCAUUCAGAACGGUAUGCUGGCUGACUCUGGCAAGGCUGGGACUGAGUCACACCUCGUCAAGGCGGCUCGCGAGGCCGUCGAGGCCGCUGACCGCGAGCUCAAUGACAAGAUCCGGCGCCGUGGUGACGAGCAGGAUGACCUGAAGAAGGACUACGGGCCCCAAGACAUCUUCCGAGCUCUCAAGGGCAAGUCAGUGAGCAUCGAGGCAGGCGAGUACACGUAUGAGCUCACGUGGCUGGAGCGGACGUCGCAGAACUCGAAGAAGGGUCAUGGCAACACCAACAUGGGCAACUUUGCACGUAUCGACCGGGAAAUGGCCGACGAUGAGGAACGUCUCGACGGCAAGAGUCUGGGCAAGGGAGAGAGGAUGGUGAUGCGCUACGAGGGUGGGCAAGGGUGCUGGAACGGACCGCAGCGACGGACCGAUGUCUGGCUGGGAUGCGCCGAAAAGGAGGAGGUCUGGAGGGUCAGUGAGGCGGAGAAGUGCGUCUACAAGAUGGAGGUCGGCACUCCCGCGGCGUGUGAGCCAGCACCAGCCAAGGCUGGUCAUGCUGGCAAGGAUGAGUUGUGAGGGCCAUUGUCUAGAAAGGCCAUGUAGGACUAUGUGCUGCAGGUACGAUGGUAGGAAGCAUAGAUGUAGACAGCCAGUUGAACUUGCUAUGACGGCCCGUUAAUGGGCAUCGUUUUGUAUUCC